AUGUCAAAAAUGUCGCUGAUUCAACCGGAUAUUGAAGCGCAGGUUCGUUUAUUUUUCAAGUUUCAAUUUAAUUAAUUCUAGUUUUUGCAGGUAGUUCGACGAAAAACAUUGAGAUCGACGCUGAAAGGAUUAUUUUUGGAAUUAUGGAACCCUUUGAAAUUGUGAGUUUUUUUUAAAGUUAUGAGCUUUUCGAUUAGAGAAAAUUUAAAAUUGAGAAAGUCUAGACAACUAAAAUUAAUUUUCGAUUAAAACAUACAAGAUACAUUUUUUGUCAAGCUCUUCCUCCAAUGACGUGGAAUUUCUUGCUGUUUCAGAGCAUUCCACGUGGCAGCUAGCGAAGCGAGUGUAUUCCGCACGCUUCCGCGAACGCUGCCACGCGGAAUGCACUGAAAUAGAAGUUAUAAAAAUUCCACGUCAUCGUAGAAAACAGCAUGACAAAAAAUUUGUUUAUUGUUCGAAAAAUUAUUUUGUGUUGUCUAGACUCUCCUAAUUUUACACUGUCUCUAAUCAAAAAAAUCAAUUUCAUUUUUCCAGAUAUUUUCUGUCUUUCCCAGUUCCAUUAUGUAUAUGUGACAAUCGACAUUGGAGGUUGGUUUCAAAGUUUUUUUUCAGCAAACAUUUUAAAUUCAAUUUUCAGAGCGAUUUCCAAGAAUAUAACAACAGAAGACACAAUUGUAAUGCACGAAUUCAAGGAAAAACGAAUUGUUAUUCUUCAAACUCAACCUUUUGAAUAA